AGAAAAAGUGCACUGAGCUCUAUGUGAAAGCCGCUCCUCUUGAAGAAGCAAAGGCAACGCCCUCGACCAUCAUGUCGUACAAUUACAUUGUCACGGCACACAAGCCGACGGCCGUGACUGGCUGUCUAACAGGAAACUUCACGACUCCUACGGAUCGGAAUCUGAUUGUUGCCAAAAAUACACGGCUAGAGAUCCUCACCAUAACAGAGGAGGGCCUCAAACCUAUCAAAGAGGUCAAUAUCUACGGACGCAUCUCCGUAAUGAAGAAAUUCCGAUAUCCGAAUGAGAGUAAAGACUUGCUCUUCUUCUUGACGGACAAGUACAACGUAGCAAUCCUCGAGUUCUCAGCUGAAUCGUCGGAGAAUUUCGAAGUCAUCACUCGAUCUCACGGAUGUGUAUCAGAUCCUUACGCGCGGCCAUCAGAAGCUGGGAAUCUCGUCGUAGUCGAUCAACCGAAAGCUCGUGUUAUUGCCCUUCGCCUCUAUGAUGGUCUGCUGAAGAUGAUUCCUCUGAAUAGAGAGGCGAAAGAGCUCCGGUCGUACAACAUCCGCGUCGAGGAAGCCCAAAUAACUGAUAUGUGCUUCUUGUCGUCGUCGUCUUCCGAUCCAGUUCUAGCGAUUGUUUAUGAAGAACAGCAGACACGUCACAUGAAGACCCACGUCAUCGCUCUGCGGGACAAAGAACUCAUGAAGGGUCCUUGGGGUCAACGGAACCUCGAUCUCGAAGCGGAUAUGCUUAUCCCCGUCGAAGACACAGAAACUGGAGUUAUCAUUGUUGGGGGCGAAACCAUAGUCUAUCACUAUGGCCAAGACUAUAUCUGUAUCCAACCGUCGUUUUUGAGGACCACCAAAAUAUCUUGCUACUGUCGAAUCGACAACAACAGAUUCAUCCUUGGAGGCAUAUGUGGACGACUGUUCAUCCUGACGUUGCGACGUGAGAACAAGAAAGUCGUCUCGCAUUCCCUCGAUCUUCUAGGCAGCGUCAGCAUACCCGAGUGCUUAUCAUAUCUCGACAACGGCGUGGUAUUCGUUGGCUCGAGGCUAGGAGAUAGUCAGCUCAUCCGGAUGCACGCGCAAGAGCCCUUCAUCGAAGUUUUAGAAUCGUACACGAAUCUCGGCGCGAUUCUCGACAUGAUUGUGGUCGAUCUGGAGAAGCAGGGCCAAGACCAGUUAAUCACAUGCUCCGGUCAGGGGGCGUGCGGUAGCCUGCGCAUCAUUCGCAAUGGUAUCGGAAUUCACGAACUGGCCUGUGUGGAGCUGAGCGGCAUCAAAGGAAUUUGGGCGCUUCGGAUGAAUACGGCGCAGUUAGAGGAAGACACACCCACGGAUGAUACCCUGGUGUUAUCGUUUGUGGGACAAACUCGAGUUUUCAACUGCAGUUCAACCGAGGAAUUGGAACAGGUCACCCUCCCGGCGGCAUUUGACAUAGACAGUCAGACUUUCUGCGCGAGAAACGUCCUCGGCAACCAAGUCAUCCAGGUCACAGACAAGAGGGUCAACCUGAUAUCUGUCACGAGCAAAACCCGGGUAGAUCAAUGGUUCCCGCCGGAAGGGGAGAUCAUCACGCAAUGUGCGUGCAACGAUGUCCAGGUAGCCUUGGCUCUCAAAAACGUUCUCGUUUACCUGGAAAUCAGGGAUGGGAGUCUCACAGAGAUCAAGCGAACAAGGCUCGAGUACGAGAUCGCUUGCAUGGAUCUCAACACACUCGAUAAGGAGGGCGAUCAGACGUCGAUCAUCACAGUUGGCCUCUGGACAGACGUAUCGAUACUGGUGCUGAGUUUGCCGGACCUUGAACAACUCUUUCGGCAAGAGUUGCCCAAGGACGUCAUACCACGAUCAGUCCUGAAAAUAACGUUCGAAGGCUCGACGGAUUACCUUCUCUGCACGCUGGCCGACGGCUCUCUCUUCUAUUACCACCUAGCAAGUACCGGUGAGCUGACCGGGCAGAAGAGGGUGACGCUCGGAACUCAGCCUACGACCCUGCGUAAAUUUCGCUCGCAGAGAACGUGGAGUGUGUUUGCCUGCUCGGACAGACCCACCGUCAUAUACUCCUCGACCUCGAAACUUGUCUUCAGCAAGGUAAACUUGCGUGAAGUCAAGCAUAUGUGCUCAUUCAGUUCGGAAGCCUUCCCGGACUCGCUCGCGCUAGCGUCCGAAGAUGAGUUUGUGAUUGGAACAAUAGACGCGAUCCAGAAACUGCAUAUCCGGACCGUUCCCUUGGGCGAGUCGCCUAGACGCAUCGCUUACCAGGAGGAGACUGGGACCUUCGGCGUCAUCGUGAGCCGAUCGGAUAUGGCGUGCUCGACUCGAUGCGCCAGUUUGGACGCUCCGAAUAAAUCCAAUGCGAGUCCCUACGCCUGGCAUAAGGAUUUCAGCAGUUUCGGUCACACUCAAUGUGCUGAUCGCGUCGACUCCGGCAUCCCCUCCUGCUCGAGUACAUCUCUCCAGCGUCCCCCGAGCGGAUGCGACGAAACAUUCUCGUUGCUGAUCAUCGAUCAGAACACGUUCGAAGUUCUCCACGCAAUGCAGUUCUGUCCAAAUGAAUACGGGGUUUCAAUUUGUUCCGCUAAGCUCGGCAGCGAUCCAAACCCGUACUAUAUCGUUGGAACAGCGUUCAUCAACCAAGAGGAGUCAGAACCGAAAGUCGGUCGGAUUUUCGUGCUGAGAUGGCAUGACGGCAAACUUGAAACCAUAGCGGAGAAAGAAGCCGCGGGAGCCCCGUACAGCAUUCGAGAGUUCCAUCAGAAACUGGCGAUCGCAAUAAACUCAACAGUGAGACUCUAUUCGUGGAACGCGGAAAAGGAUCUUCAGAGCGAGUGCACACCUUUCUUCAACAUCGUCAUAUUACAUCUGAAAUGCCUCGGCGAUUAUAUUCUGGUGGGGGAUCUGAUGCGCUCGAUGACGCUGCUCAACUACAACGCAGAUAUUACCUCACUCGAAGAGAUAGGCAGGGACUAUCAGACGAACUGGACAACAGCCGUCGAAAUCCUCGAUGAGGACACCUUCCUCGCAGCCGAGAGCAACUUGAAUCUCUACGUUUGCAAACGGGACCCGUCGGCGGCCGACGACACCCGACAGCAUAUGCAUGAAGUGGCGCUCUACCACUUGGGUGAAAUGGUCAACGUUAUCGUCAAGGGUAGCCUCGUCAUGGCGCAGCCGGGAGACAUGCCUCUUCCUUUGAAUAAGAGUUUCCUUUACGGAUCGCUCCACGGAGCUGUCGGAGUAAUCGUGCCCAUAAAGCAGGAACUGUACGCGAUCUUGAACCAGAUUCAGACUAACCUGGCCAAAACUAUCAAGUCUGUCGGCAAAAUAGAACACGGCUUCUGGCGUACCUUCCUAGCCGAGCGGAAGAUCGAGCCCGCCACCGGCUUCAUCGACGGAGAUCUCAUCGAACAGCUCCUCGAUCUUCCGAAAGAAGCGCUUGAAAGCGUGAGUCAGUCGAUCAAGGUCGAUGAAGAAGGCGGUCACCAGCGUAACAUGACGCCCGAAGACCUCGUGAAGCUCGUCGAGGACUUGACAAGAAUACACUGAAAAUAGAGUUCGUUAUGAGCAUGGAUCGGUGAUAACGGGAGUCCGACAAGCCAAUUGUAAAUGAUCCACGCCGGAUCGGCAUCGCCGAUACGCUGAGCCUUGGAGCACAAUAUUCUUUCACGGCAUUCGUCUCAUUGUUGCGGAUCGCUCCAUCCUUUCUGAGCGUUUGUAUUAGUCGAACUCCAGUGCUGGCCGAGGUUCCGCCCAGCUCCGGUUGAGAAAUGUGGGGAGGUCCUUCGCCUUGGGUCAUUCCGGGCUGGGGAUUGUCGGCAUCAUCGGCAUUGGGAAAAAAGCGAAGUCCGACGGAACUCACUCGAAGCGAAGAUUACUCCUCUUCAUCGAAUUCUUACUUUUUACUUUGUAUAUAGGAGAGCGAAAAAUAAAAUUUCCUGGCGGAUUCCGCGUCCGA